UCCUAUUCCAGCCAGAAGUCAACAGUCUUUAUCAGAUCAUGCUGGAUUGAAUAUAAAUUGCAAGAAUCAAUGGCUCAGCUUUGAAUCAGCAUAUGCAAGAAUACUACAACAUGGAACUUACAAUGGAAAACCUUGGGAAUCUCCAUCACGGCGUGCCCCAUUCGCAGCCUGGGGAGCUAAUGAGCUCACCGCACAGUAGGCAGGCUGCUCAUCGGAACUUGGUCUCGCAUGGCCGGCCUGCCAUGGUCUCCAGCAUGGCCUCAAUUCUAGAGGGUAGCGACUAUCGCACUGACCACACUUUGUCCAGCCCGUUGCACUCAGCUAUGAGUAUGCCAUGUGAAUCGCCUUCUGGAAUGAGCCUCAGCAGCACUUACACAACCUUGACCCCUCUUCAGCACCUGCCUCCCAUUACGACAGUAUCCGACAAAUUUCACCAUCCUCACCACCACCAUCACCACCACCCUCACCAAAGGCUGACUGGCAAUGUCAGCGGCAGCUUCACCCUGAUGAGAGAUGACAGAGGUUUGGCUUCCAUGGGCAAUCUGUAUGGCCACUAUCCAAAAGACAUGUCAGCCAUGGGGCAACCACUUUCACCUCUGUCCAAUGGCCUCGGACCUUUGCACAACUCCCAACAGCCUCUAACCCCUUAUGGCCCCAGUGGACACCUAACCAACGACAAGAUGCUUUCUCCCAAUGGCUUUGAUACGCAUGCUGCUAUGUUGUCCAGGAGUGAAGAUCAUUUAGCUAGAGGACUGGGGGCGCCAGGGGCUGGCAUGAUGUCCCAUUUGAAUGGCAUGCAUCCACACAGUCACCAUCAUCAUGGUCAAGCCAAUGGUUCGGUUUUGUCUGACAGAGACCGACAAGCAUCUAUUGCAGGGUCUCAGGCCAACAGCUCUGGGCAAGUCGAAGAGAUCAACACCAAAGAAGUGGCUCAACGAAUCACUGCAGAGCUAAAGAGGUACAGUAUCCCCCAAGCCAUCUUUGCUCAGAGGAUCUUAUGUAGGUCUCAAGGAACCCUCUCUGACCUGCUGCGAAAUCCCAAACCUUGGAGUAAGCUCAAGUCCGGCCGAGAAACCUUUCGAAGAAUGUGGAAGUGGCUGCAAGAACCCGAAUUUCAGAGAAUGUCUGCUCUUCGACUCGCUGCUUGCAAACGCAAAGAGCAGGAACAACAAAAGGACAGAAGCCUGCAACCAAAGAAACAACGUCUGGUUUUCACCGACUUGCAACGUCGUACACUGAUAGCCAUCUUUAAGGAGAACAAACGCCCCUCUAAAGAGAUGCAAAUGACCAUCUCUCAGCAGUUGGGGCUUGAGCUCAAUACAGUCAGCAAUUUCUUUAUGAAUGCCCGCCGGCGAUGCAUGAAUCGGUGGCAAGAUGAGACCAGCAGUAGUCCUGGGGUACCCUCAUCAUCUACAAGCACUUUUCAAAGGCAUAGCAAUCAGUGGGAGAAGAAAAAGAUCAAGGGUGAGAGGAUAGAGUUUUUUAUUUUGUUUUGUUUUUUUAACCAGGGGAUGGGGUUUCAAGAAAAAAAACAUUCGCAUGCAUGUUCUCAAUUUGUUACUGCCUUCUUCAAAAAACACCUGUCAGACUACACGUGUUUUCUGGCUUUUGUUUCUGAAGAAGUUCCUACUACCAAAGUCAUGUAUAAGUAAAGUAAGUCUAAAAGAAAUGACUUAAAUUCUGCAGAAGAAAAAUAGAAUAAAAAAUAUACCCAUUAUUUAUUAACAAUGGAACAGAAAUCCGUGAACUAUUUUCUAUUAAUGUCUGCAGACACACCAAAAGCUCUUCUUUGCAAUAUUGCCUGCCUCAGAAAAAUAUGUAUUUUACUGGGAUUCACUUGCUGGCAAAGUAAAAACCUUUUGGUCUGGGUCAACAGUUUGAAAUACUUUUAUUUUUAAUGUAAAUCAGAAGCUUUUAAAGGACAGUGGAAGUCAAAGUAUUUUUCUUGGAUUGUAAGAAAAAUCAAAGUCUGAGGAGGCAAGCAAGCAUCCAUGAACUCUGUAAGAGCUUGAAUACAAGUAA